AUGGUCUUUUCAAAGCUGUUCGGCGGCGGCGAGAAGUCCGAGCCCGAGUAUCGGGUGGACCAUGAGGCCAGCGACUCUGAGCCUUCGAUCAUCCACGAUGGGAACCUCGCAUAUACUCGUCAGAAGGGUGGUAAUGGCUCCAAGCCUUCCUAUCAAGAAGCCGUCGGCGCGCCCGUGGAGUCCCAAUCGCCCCUCGGAUACCACGUGGGAUGGGCAGCUGUCAUCUUUCUGAAUAUCAACAUGAUGAUCGGAACGGGUGUUUUCUCGACUCCGGCGAGCAUCCUCAAUCGCACCGGCUCCGUUGGUCUCGCACUUCUGUAUUGGGUCAUCGGAUUCCUCAUGGCGGCCGCUGGAUUCAGCGUCUACCUGGAGCUUGCCAGUUACUUCCCCAACCGCAGCGGAUCCGAAGUUGUCUACUUGGAACAGCAGUACCCUCGCCCGAAGCACUUCUUCCCCGUCGCUUUCGCCGUCCAAUCGGUCAUCUUGUCUUUUAGCAGUAGCAACGCCGUCGUCCUCUCGAGAUAUUUGUGGAGGAUGGCCGACAUCACCCCGUCGGAGUGGCAAAUGCGGGGGGUUGCCAUCGCUGCUUAUACCCUUGCCGUCAUCUGCGUCCUCGCGCACAACAGAUACUCUCUGUGGCUUGUCAACUUCAUUGGUGUUCUUAAAAUCCUUACUCUGGUCUUCAUUAGCAUAGCAGGCCUCGUAGUCCUUGGCGGCAACGUCAAGCACAUCCCCGACCCCAAGGCCAACUUCCGAAAUGCUUUUGAGGGCACCACGAACAACGGAAACGAUCUUUCCAACGCACUAGUGUCCAUCAUUUUCAGUUAUGCCGGAUACUACAACGCCUUCAACAUGACCAAUGAGAUCAAGAACCCCAUUCCCACCCUGAAGAAGAACGGCAUCAUCUCACUCGGUACUGUCGCGAUCCUGUAUAUGCUUUGCAACAUUGCAUACUUCGCCACAGUUUCCAAGGCUGAGUUUGCCGAAGCCAGCGAGAUUGCUGCGGCCGUUUUCUUCUCCAAGCUCUUCGGCGAAAGCAAAGCUGCUGCGAACGUCCUCAACUUCCUCGUGCUGCUGAGUGCGUUUGGCAAUCUGCUGGCCGUUCUGAUCGGAUCGUCGCGAAUGAUUCGUGAGAUUGGCCGACAGGGUGUCUUGCCGUUCACCGAGUUCUGGGUUUCCACUAAGCCGUUCGGAACGCCGCUCGGUCCUUAUCUUUUGAAGUGGGCCAUGACGUUCAUCAUGAUCGUUGCUCCUCCAGCCGGCGAUGCAUUUUCUUUUGUUGUCGACCUUCAGACGUACCCGAGCGCGAUGUUCAACUUCGCAAUGACAUACGGCGUCUUCAUUCUGCGACGCAGACGCAGACGCUCUGGCAUUGGUCGCUCAGACUUCCAGGCCUGGGACUUCGUCGUUCUCUUCUUCCUGGCUAUUCAAGUCUUCGUACUUGCUAUGCCUUGGUGGCCGCCUAAGGGUGGCCCUUACGCUGGCAGCGUCAGCUUCUGGUACGCGACGUACUGUGUUGUUGGCAUUGGAAUCAUGAUUGUUUGCGGUCUCUACUACGUCUUCUGGAUGUACCUGCUUCCCAAAUGGAUGGGAUACGAGAUUCGUACUGAGAUCGUAGAAGUCGAUAACGACGGAGCCAACACCCACCGCCUGGUCAAAGUUCCCAAGGCUGAAGUUGCACAAUGGGAUUCCGAGCAUGACGAGGCGGGUAACCUGCGCCGAAGGAAUGUCACGACUGUUGAGAUCGAGUCGAGUGGGUCCAACGAGAAGACGGCCUAA